AUGCGUUCUACUACCGCUUUCGCCUCUGCCUUGGCCUUUGCUGCCUCGGCCUUCGCCCAGACUCCUGGUUACGCCGUCCUCACCUCUCCUGCUGAUGGUCAGCAGGUCGCCUCUGGCAAGACCUUCACCAUCAAGUGGGAGGCUGGCCAGUACACUGGCCCUGCUACCAUCACCCUUCUCGGUGGUGAGACUCCUACCACUCUCAUUCCUGGCCCCGUCCUCGCAACUGUUGACGUUUCUGAGGGUACCUUCUCUUGGACUGUUGACUGCGCGCUCGGCACCGAUAAGACCUACGGUAUCAAGAUCGCCUCCGUCGCCAACUCUGCGACUUUCCAGUACAGCUUCCCGUUCGCCAUCGCUGGCCCCUCGUGCAGCAAUGGUGCUGGAGAGACCUCUAAGAGCAGCAGCGCCUCGGUCGCCUCUGUCGCCUCUAGCAGCUCUGCUGGUGGCUACCCCACCGAGGGCUACCCUACUCAGGGUUACCCUACCUUGACCAGCAGCUCCGUCAUCAGCUCUGCCAGUAGCUCUGCCAGUAGCUCCGUCAUCAGCUCUGCCAGCAGCUCUGCUAGCAGCUCUGCUCCUCCCUCUUACCCUACUGCUCCCGUCUCUAGCAGCAGCAGCAGCAGCGCCGUCGUUAGCAACACCACCAGCGUUGUCAGCACCAAGGUCCCGACCUACCCUACUGUGAUUCCCUCCGGCAACCUGUCCACCACCGCUCAUGUUCCCACAACCAUCAUCACCAGCUCCAGCUACGCCGCUGUGACUCCUGCCCCUAGCGCAAGCGCCACUGCCUCGGCUCCCGCCACCAUCCCCACCGCUGGUGCUAGCAACGUUGCUGCUGGCUCGCUGGCCUUGGUCGGUGGUCUUGCCUUCGCCCUCUUCAACAUGUAA